AUGUCGAGAGUUUCUUCAGCAAAUAAAGACAAUCUUGUUAUGGAUGAAACAGAGAGAAAAGUCAAUUUUCAACAUCGUUGGUGGCAUAUAUUACUUAUUGUAUUCGCUAUUGCUGCUUUUAUCCUCACUUGUGUUUUUAAUGGUUUAGCAAGUGCUGGUCCUAAUAGCAUAUUUACUCAACGAACAGGAAGUAUAAGUGAUUCAAAUCUAACUGAAUUUACACCUGCGGGUUGGACAUUUAGUGUAUGGGGUGUAAUUUAUUUUUGGCAAGCAGCAUGGUUAAUCUAUGCUUUAAGUCGAAUAUUUCGAAAAUCCAAUGAUGACUAUUUAUAUAUUGUACCAAAUACACUUCAUUUUAGUAUAUUUAUAUGUUAUAUAAUAAAUAUGGGUUUAAAUAUAGGAUGGCUUAUUCUUUGGGAUCGACAAGCUUUUGAUACUAUUUAUCCAUUGUCAAAAGUUGGUGAAGCUAUGCAACGUAUGCAUAAUCGACAAAAUAUUGGCAAAAUUUUAUUACAACCUGAUGAUGAAACUAAUGCUAACAAGAAUGAUCAUACAACUAGUGAACAAGAACAAGCACAAGAAAAAAUUGAAUGA